AUGAAUGCUAGUUGGUGCUGGAAGAAUAUUUGCAAAGUCAAAGAGAAGAUGAAACCGGCGUACACUGGUGACAAAUGGUUAAAUGCUGAUGCAAAAUACACCAUUAAGUCAGGGUAUAAGUGGUUACAUCCUGAAGGUGAGAAAAACAGAUGGCAUCACUGGGUUUGGAAUUCGUUUAAUAUUCCUAAACACUCACUAAUAGCUUGGAUGGCUAUGAAAGGUAAGCUUAAAACAAGAGACAAGAUGCUGAAAAUAGGAAUAAGCAGGGAAGACACUUGUGCAUUGUGUGAACAAGAUACUGAAGAUGGUCAGCAUCUAUUUUUUAGAUGUCCAUUCAGCAAGAGAGUGUGUCAUGGUAUAAUGCAGUGGCUAGGAAAACAAAGCUCUGCAACUGAAUGUCUUUAUACUCAUUGGAAGAAAUGGGGAAGUUAUUAUAGAAGCAAGAGAAGACAGAAGAUAGGGUAUGCUGCCCUGACAUCAGUUGUCAAUGAAGUGUGGAGAGCCAGAAACAACGCAAUUUGGAACCUAAAGGUUCCUUGUCCUAAUGUUGUUGUUAGUAACAUCAAGAAGAUUGUUUGUAUUAGGAUUCAGCACCAGGUGACAACUAAUGGUCUAGAGAAGACAAGGAAUGGCUGGAAAAAUUAA